AAGAGGAGGAAGAAAGGUUUCCACAUCUCAGACAGUUCGGCUUGACGCGCCGAGUCUGAUUUUACGCACGAGAGCGCGCUGAUUUUGUGCUAAAGGCUUAAAGUUAUUUACACUAACUUUAUUAACUUAUAGCGCCUACAACACUUUUGGAGCCGACACAAGAAAACUUGUUUUGCCUUUCAAUUCACGUUUUGUGCGCUAGAGUGACACAUUACUCACGUCAGUGCGCAAUUGUGACUCCCGUCGCAUGAUUUUGUCGUCUAUUCGUAUUUAUCAUGGUCAGUUUGUUUAGGUAGAAAGAAAAAAAUGACAUUUUGACAAUUAGAAUUGAUGUCCAUCGGCCAAGGACGGUUGGCAACGUUAACCCGCAUCUGGCCCAAGAUACAGAAGUGCAACACGCCCGCUUGAGCUUGAACCCACGGGCCACUUGGACCGAGUUGGGAAGUGACCCGCAUCCCUCGCGUGAGCGUCCGAAUUUCCCGCUGAGCUGAGGCCGGCGGCGCUGACAUGCUGCCCAAAAUCGAGAGUGACUCGCUGGGACUCUCUCGAUCGUAUGGGGAACAGGGACACAUGCCAAGAAACGUGCAAGUUCCACAAUUAAAAAUGAUGGACUACUCAUAUGACGAAGAUCUGGACGAGAUGUGUCCCGUGUGUGGAGACAAGGUUUCAGGCUAUCACUACGGGCUCCUCACCUGUGAGAGCUGCAAGGGCUUCUUCAAGCGCACGGUGCAGAACAACAAGCGCUACACAUGUAUUGAGAACCAGAGUUGCCAGAUUGACAAGACCCAGAGGAAGCGCUGCCCAUACUGCCGCUUCCAAAAGUGCCUCACUGUCGGCAUGAAGUUGGAAGCUGUGCGAGCAGAUCGUAUGCGAGGAGGACGCAACAAGUUUGGCCCAAUGUACAAACGUGACCGGGCCCUUAAGCAACAGAAGAAAGCGUUGAUCCGUGCCAACGGCCUAAAAAUCGAGGCUAUGAGCCAGGUGAUGCAGGCUGUCCCUACAGACCUCACCAUCUCAUCAGCCAUUCAGAACAUUCACUCAGCUGCCUCCAAAGGCCUUACAUUGAGCCAUCACGCUGGCCACCACACCAGUCACCACCAUCACCACCACCAUCAUGCCACUGCCUUACCCCCAACAGACUAUGACCGCAGCCCGUUUGUCACUUCGCCUGUCAGCAUGGCAAUGCCCCCGCAUGCCAGCAGCUUGCAGGGCUACCAAACAGCCUAUGGACACUUCCAAGGCACACGCACUAUCAAGUCCGAGUACCCAGACCCGUACACCAGCUCCCCAGAGUCCAUCAUGGGUUAUGCCUAUGUCGAUGCCUACCAGUCGGGCUCGCCUCCCAGUUUCCCCCACCUGAUCGUAGAGCUGCUCAAGUGUGAACCGGACGAACCACAGAUUCAAGCAAAGAUACUGGCCUACCUGCAGCAGGAGCAGGCCAGCCGGGGAAAGCACGAAAAGCUCAACACCUUUGGUCUCAUGUGCAAGAUGGCUGACCAAACGCUUUUCUCCAUCGUGGAGUGGGCUCGCAGCAGCAUCUUCUUCCGAGAACUCAAGGUUGAUGACCAGAUGAAGCUUCUGCAGAACUGCUGGAGUGAACUUCUAAUCCUGGACCAUGUCUUUAGGCAGGUGGUGCACGCCAAGGAAGGCUCCAUUUUAUUGGUCACUGGUCAGCAGGUAGACUACGCAGUGAUUGCAUCCCAGGCUGGAGCCACCCUCAACAAUCUAUUAAGCCAUGCACAAGAGCUGGUGGCUAAAUUACGUUCAUUGCAAAUGGACCAACGGGAGUUUGUCUGCCUGAAAUUCCUGGUCCUUUUCAGUCUUGAUGUGAAGAACCUGGAGAACUUCCACCUGGUAGAGAGCGUCCAAGAGCAGGUGAACGCAGCGCUGUUGGACUACGUCAUGUGCAACUACCCGCAGCAGUCGGACAAGUUCGGUCAACUGCUCUUGCGGCUGCCAGAGAUUCGAGCUAUCAGCUUGCAGGCUGAAGAAUAUCUUUACUACAAACACCUGAACGGCGACGUGCCAUGCAACAACCUGCUUAUUGAAAUGCUCCAUGCCAAGAGAGCUUAGGACAAGACUGCACUAAUUGCAAUGCAACGACAUGGACAGCUUUUGAGGAGCGAGGAAACAACCACAAAUGUCCUCCUUUUAUCUUCAAAUCAUAGCAGAGCCCAAACUUGACAACUUUGAAGAAUCCAAACAAACUGAGCAUACGUAUGAACAGAAAGAGGGAAAAAGUGCAGACUCACAGAACACAAAGAGGAACACUUGAACAAAUUAAAGACUUAAAAUGUUUAUAACCACAGUGACUCUACGAGAUGUUGUACAGUAUGUGGACUUGUGUUUUGACUUUACUUUUAGCUAUGGUUGGUACUGUACAGACAAGCAUUCAUGUGGUCAACCAAAGCGGACUCUUACCUGCUAUCACUGAACCUAUCGAUACAGCAGCGGCAGCUUGACCCGACCAAAAAUGUGAGGAGUGACUGUUAAAAUAAAAAAUAAAAAAAGAAAGGUCUGCAAAUCUAUGCCCCUCAUUGAUCAAAAGAGUACAGUAAUCAUUUGGAGGGUCACGUUAUUUGACCCCCUUGAGUCCUUUUAAACAUUGUACCUCAAAAAGUCUGCAUUUAUUUCAUAACAUCAGCUCAAUCAAAUGGUGUAUUUCCACUGGUCCUGCAUAGGGGCUGUUCUUCUUUUUUUCCAUUUUAGUACGGGAAAAAAAUGGGAAAAAUACCAACAACAACAAAAAACAAAUUGUUUUGGACAUGGUUAAAGCCGGCGUUUGCCCAGAAAGACCAAAGCUUGCUACAUAUGAAGGAAACUACACAAAAACGUUAUAAUCAGUAUUAUUUAAGAAAAAAAUGCAAAAAAAUAAACAAAAAAAUAUUGUGAUGUCACAGUCAUGUGAGUCUUGCCUUAUUUCAUUACCAUGCUAGCUAACUGUGCAGAUGUGAAUGAAAAUAUGUACAAAUAUAUAUAGAAAUAUAAAGUAUUAAUGUUGUAAAAUUUAAAAAAGGAAAAAUACAGGUGUUUACAUUCAUGUGAUUAUAUGGGAGACAACUGUGAUGAUGCAUAUAUUGCAAAGCAAUGAUUUCCUAAAAAGAUUACAUCAAUGACAUGAGGGGAAAAAAUUGGUUGCUUUUUUUCUUGUUGUCGUGUGUACAGUGCUUUUGCUUUAGUUUUAAUCCGUACUUAAAUUAUGUCGUGAGACACUAAAAUCAUGAGGGAAUCACCAAUCAAUUAUUAAUUUCUAUGUCUGCUGGCAUUUAAACGUAUACUUCAACUAUUGCUGUAUAGGUUUAAUUUUCUCUUUACACAUUUUUGUACAACUUUUAUCCAUUAUUUUACAGUGCUUUACCUUUUUGAUGUACAGAGUUUCACUGGUUACAGCUAAUAAUUAAGAUAAUUUAUUGCGUCUACUGGUUUCCAUCUUUGUGUUACAUGACGUGAGGUUUCAGCGCCACAAUAAA